GUUUGUGUCUCUGUGUUCAUGCAGUAAAAUGGCAGAAGCCAGAGUUUCUCAGGAUGAGUUCAUGUGUUCAGUGUGUCUGGAUCUCCUGAAGGAUCCAGUGGCCAUUCCCUGUGGACACAGUUACUGUAAGAUCUGUAUUACAGACUGCUGGGAUCAGGAGGAUCAGAAGAGAGUCUACAGCUGUCCUCAGUGCAGACAGACCUUCAGUCCAAGACCUGCUUUAUCUAGAAACACUAUCUUGGCUGAAGUGGUGGAGAAACUGAAGAAGACCAGACUCUCUGCUGACUGUGAGGCUGGAGCUGGAGAUGUGCAGUGUGACGUCUGUACUGGAAGAAAAUACAGAGCCGUCAAGUCCUGUCUGGUGUGUCUGAACUCUUACUGUCAGAAUCACCUCCAACAACAUGAGAGUUUCUUUAGAGGAAAGAGACACAAUCUGACUGAAGCCACUGGACGACUGCAGGAGAUGAUCUGCCAGAAACAUGAGAAGAUCCUCGAGGUUUUCUGUCGCACUGAUCAGAAGUGUAUAUGUCUGCUGUGUACGAUUAUGGAACAUAAAAACCAUGACAUUGUUCCAGCUGCGGACCAGAGGACAGAGACACAGAAGCAGCUGAAGGAGACUCAGAAGACGCUCCAGCAGAGAAUCCAGCAGAGAGAGAAAGAUCUCCAGCAGCUGAGAGAGACUGUGGAGUCUCAUAAGCGCUCUGCACAGACAGCAGUGGAGGACAGUGAGAGGAUCUUUACUGAGCUCAUCCGCUCCAUUGAGAGAAGCCGCUCUGAGCUGAUACGACUGAUCAGAGAUCAGGAAAAGACUGCAGUGAGUCGAGCUGAAGAACGACUGGAGCGACUGGAGCAGGAGAUCAAUGAUCUGAGGAGGAGAGACGCUGAGCUGGAGCAGCUUUCACACACACAGGAUCACAUCCAGUUCCUGCAGAGUUUCCAGUCUCUCUCAGCUCCUCCUGAAUCUACAGACGUAAAUGAUGAUCUCUUCAGUUCUCUCUUCUCUUCUGAUGAUCUGAGAGAAUCUGUCCAUCAGCUGAGAGACAAACUGGAGGAUUUCUGCAAAGAGCAGCUCAAGAAGAUCUCAGACAGAGUCCCAUUCACCAGCAUUGAUCUCUGGACCAGGAAGGACUUCCUACAAUAUUCCCAUCAGUUCACUCUGGAUCUGAACACAGUGAAUAAACUCCUCCGUCUGUCUGAGAACAACAGAGUGAUUACAUUCACUGACACAGUUCAGCCGUAUCCUGAUCAUCCAGACAGAUUUGAUGAGUGGUGUCAGGUGUUGUGUAGAGAGAGUGUGUGUGGACGCUGUUACUGGGAGAUUGAGUGGAGUGGAGAUGAUGGUGUGGAUAUAUCAGUGUCAUAUAAGAGCAUCAGCAGGAAGGGAGGAGGUAAUGAGUGUGUGUUUGGAUGGAAUGAUCAGUCCUGGAGUUUGUGCUGCUCUCCCUACAGUUACUCAUUCAUACACAAUAACAUAGAGACUGAUCUCUCUGUGAAGUCCAUCAGCAGUAGAAUAGGAGUGUGUAGUGAUGAUGAUAAUGAUGAUGAUGAUGAUGAUGUCAGGAGAACAGGAGUGUGUAGUGAUGAUGAUAAUGAUGAUGAUGAUGAUGAUGUCAGGAGAACAGGAGUGUGUAGUGAUGAUGAUAAUGAUGAUGAUGAUGAUGAUGUCAGGAGAACAGGAGUGUGUAGUGAUGAUGAUAAUGAUGAUGAUGAUGAUGAUGUCAGGAGAAUAGGAGUGUUUGUGGAUCACAGAGCAGGAACUCUGUCCUUCUACAGCGUCUCUGACACAAUGAGCCUCAUCCACACAGUCCAGACCACAUUCACUCAGACGCUCUAUCCUGGGUUUUAUGUUUAUAAUCUUGGAUCAUCAGUGAAACUGUGUUGAUGAAUCAGAAUAGAUAUUAUUAUCAUAAUGGCCUUUCAAUUCAAAAGAUCUCACAGUGAAUAAAUAAAUGUCAUUAUUAACCUCAUGUAGCUCCGGCCCUUUCCAGCGUUUGUGUUCUUCUGUAUUCUGCUGUUUUUAAAUAAUUAGUGUUAAAAAGUUUAAAUGACUAUUUUAAACUCUUCAAGCUCAUGUGAUUCUUGUUCUUUGUGAACUUCAUUUGUCAUCCCACAUUGUUAAAAUGCUUAUUAUAUACAGCUUGAAUUGAUAUUGUGUAAAUGUAAAUUAUUGACAAGUGUAAUUUAACAAAUAUUAAUAUUUUGUGGCAUAUAACAGUUCUGAAUAAGAUUUUCUUUUUUCUUUUUCUUGAACAUUAAACAUG